CGCCAUAUUUACAACGCUCGACGAUCAGUCAACACACGCCUCUCGCGCCCGUUGAUGCCUCGGCGAAUUUUGACGUGUUAGACUUCUGCUUUUCCGAUUACAUCGUUUCCGACAGUUUCGAUCGGUCUCGUCGAGUAGAGUCGCGCGCGUUCGUCGAGUGAAUAAAAUUUGACCCGCGCCUCGUUGGAUCGCAUGGAGGAAUCCCAUGUUCAGAAAUAGCAACAGCAACAAUUGGCUCGUGCAAGAACGCUGAGGACGUUGUUCAGAUCGAGUAGAGUCAUAUUGGGUGUGUCACGAUGCGUCCUGUCAUCUUAGCUCUGACAUGCGUGUUCUUGCAGACAGUUGUGGCUCAACGUACUCCGACAAUAUCUUACAUAUCGCAAGAACAAAUUAAGGAUAUCGGGGAGACAGUAGAAUUACGCUGUUCCAUUCAAUAUGCGGAGGAUUAUCCUGUUUUGUGGAUAAAACUCAACAGGAAUAGUGUCCACGAGCAAGUGGCACUUUCUACCGGCACUGCGUUGAUAAUUAGGGACAGUAGAUUUGCCAUUAGACAUGAUACGGCAUCGGCUUCUUAUCUCUUGCAGAUUAAAGAUAUACAAGAAACAGAUGCUGGAUUCUAUCAGUGCAGAAUACAAAUAUCUGUGAACAAUCUUUUAAAUGCAGAAGUGGAAUUACAAGUUCGUAGACCACCGAUAAUUAGCGACAAUUCGACUCAAUCUCUAGUAGUUAGCGAGGGACAGCCUGUUAUGCUAGAAUGCUACGCCAGUGGCUUUCCACCGGCAAGAAUCUCAUGGCGCAGAGAGAAUAAUGCCAUUUUGCCUACUGGAGGAUCCAUUUAUCGUGGUAAUACAUUAAAAAUAUCUGCCAUACGAAAAGAGGAUCGUGGGACUUAUUACUGCGUUGCUGAAAAUGGAGUUGGACGUGGUGCUAGACGUAAUAUUAAUGUGGAGGUUGAAUUUGCACCGGUGAUAACAGCUCCGAGGCCACGACUGGGACAAGCUUUGCAGUAUGAUAUGGAUUUAGAGUGUCAUGUAGAAGCGUAUCCUCCGCCAGCUAUUACUUGGGUCAAGGACGAUGUACAAUUAUCGAAUAAUCAGCAUUACAGUAUAUCGCAUUUUGCAACAGCGGACGAGUACACCGAUACAACGAUUCGAGUUAUUACUAUAGAGAAACGGCAAUAUGGAGUAUAUGUAUGUCGAGCGGCCAAUAAAUUGGGCAGUGCUGAGACAAAAGUUGAGCUUUUUGAAACCAUUAUACCUGUUUGCCCACCAGCUUGUGGUCAAGCUCAUUAUGGAACUGGCGUUAUUCCAAUUUCGAAUUCUUUGAUCAUUUUAGUUUUAUUAAUCAUAAUAAGAAUUUCCCAUACCAAAUAUUAAUUACCCAGGCCUUCAAUGGGCAGCAGCAAACAAAUGCGACUCUUUAAAAUGGCUCUAUACAAUCAUUAGCGUUAUUAUCGCAAUAAUGCUAUAAGACCAAAACCUAUAGCAUAAGGGCCUCAAUUAAUGUUUCUCUAACUUGUCUAUUUCAUCACAUGAUUAUUUUUAUAUUGUUAUUUACGAAUGGAGCGAUUUGUAUUAUCAGUAAAAAAAACACGAGCAUUGGAACAUUUAUGGUACUUAUGUCGCCAUGGUGCAAUUGUUAAGGAAAAUUUAAUUUCAUUAUUUCUUCUAUAUACAUUACGAUUUUCUAUAAUAAUAUUUUUAAAAUCUAUUUAUAUAUAUUUACAUAUAUGUAUGUUGUAUAAUUUUUAUUGAAAUUUCCAUAUCACUUAUAUAAUGUAUACAUUUUUUCUAAAUCUUUACACUUGAUCUUGUUUUCUUAUUGUGCAUGAUUAUGCUGCUCAAUUUUUAUCAAAUCGUACAUCGAAGUCGAAACGAUAUUAAAUAAGAUCGAGAAUAGAUAUUAGUAGAAUAAAAGAAAAUAUGCGAUAUAAUAAAUGUAAUGUGAUUUUUAACUAUCUAUAUCAUAUACUGAUUUGCUACUUGUUAACAUUUUAAUUAUUGGAACAUAAUUUUCAUAUUUAUGAAUGGAGAUUAAUAUUUAAAAUAUUCAAAAAUGUUGACAAGAUAUAAAUUAUAACAUUUCAGUAUACAUAUUUAUAAUGAUACACGAUAUUAUGUAACAUUUAUAACCAUACACGAUAUAUAAUAUUCUAUGCAGAUAGCAUGACAAACAACACUUGGUCUUAUUACAAAUUGAUAAACAACGGCAAAGAAUAAUGACGUUAUAAAAAAACGUUGCAAAAAAAUAUAAUAUUAUCUUAUUAUCUUAUAGAUAGUUUUUAAUAAUUGCAAAACGACAAUAUAAAUUUGUUAAUAUUAUAUAGGAAAAACUUGGCAGUAGAUUUAUGCAGCUACAGUGUUAAUAAAAAAAAUUUGAAUGAUCAUGAACAAAGAAAACAAUGUUGACGUUAGUGCCUUGUUCAUGAUAAAAUGUAAUUCAUAUUGCAACUAAAAUUAUAAAUGUGUAUAGUUUAGGCAUUUUAUUAUUUGUCUUUAUGUAUGUAUGUUACUCUCUGUACGUACAUGAAUAAGAUAACACUUAAUGUAUUUUAUCAAGUA